AUAUGUGUACUUGAUGGGCUGCACCAUGACCGAGCGCUUCAGUCGCUGCGUCCCGGCAGAGGAAACUAACGCACGGAGCAGCCGAGACCCUGACCGGGCGAUGCUGCACACACAGCCGAGGAUACACGUCCAGCUACCUGCUCUGUAUGGGGACAGAGAGUGAGAGUAUGCUGCAUCUGGCAGCGGAGGCUUUCCAGUCUAAAAACUUCGACCUGGCCGCGGAGAUCUACGAGUGCCAGCUAGCGAGGGUCGGAGAUCCGGGGAGCCGCCUGGAGCUGAUGGUCAAGCGGGCUGACGCGCUCGCCUUUGGGGGCAAAUUCACGGAAGCUUUCGACGUGUACAGGCAAGCCUCGGAGAUAGAGAGACUGAGACCGGCUCACCUGACCAACCUCACAGAGUACCUGUCUGGAAGUAUCAGGAGGCAGGACGGCGAGGGGAGCCGGCGAGGCAGCCCGGGGAGGGAGGAGGAGGCGGCGGCCGCAGGUGCCACAGGUAGCGGCUAUGAAGACUUCUGCUGCCGGAUCUGUCUGAGCUUCCUGUUCGAGCCGGUCACUCUGCCCUGCGGACACUGCUUCUGCAAGAAGUGUCUGGAGCGGGAGAGGAAGGAGAAGGAGCGGCCGGUGAUGUGCAAGCAGUGCAGGGACAGCUCCAGGGUGGCCGACGUGCAGAGCUACCGGGUGAACGUGGUGCUCAGCAGCCUGCUGGCCAAGUGGUUCCCGGCGCUGCACCAGGCCGGCCGGCUGCGGCGGGAGGGCAACGGACUGUACGCCGAGAAGAAGAUGGAAGCAGCGCUGGAGAAAUACCACCAAGCUAUACUGAUAGCACCUCUGGACCACAUACUGUUCAGUAACCGCUCCCAGAUCCACUCCAGCCUGAAACACUAUGAAAACGCCCUGAGAGACGCUGAGAUGUCCUGCAGGCUGAUGCCUCACUGGUCCAAGGGUCAUGUUCGUAAAGCUCAGGCCCUGGUGUCUCUGGGCAGGACGGAGGAGGCUCUGAGGGAGUAUCUGCUGUGUCUGUCCAUGGAGCCUGACUGUAGAGUGGCCAAGACGGAGGCUCCCAAGCUGCUCAGUGAACUCCUGGCUCCGGUCACAGAUCAGGUCCCUGAACACAUCUCAGAUUACUCCAACAUACUGUCUUCCAGAGCGCACAUCAAAAGCAGCAUCAGCGCUCCCUUCCAGACCAUCAGUUCCUGCUCACCGUCUUCAGGCUCCAGUCUUCCUGCACCUGAGAGGUCAGAGGGGAGUCAUGUUAAAGGUCAGCAGGAGCUCAGGAAGCUCAGUCAGUGUUUCCUCCUCAAACGGAAGCGAAGGAGCACAGAAGAGGAGGCGGAAGAGGAUCGAUGGGAAAAGAGCGUCGAUCACAAGAGAUCAAAGUCUGAGCCAACAGAGACGCCUGAUUCUUUGAGUUCUGAGGUUGGUGACGUGUUGGAUCCAGCAGAUCUGGAGUGUUCUCUGUGCAUGAGACUCUUCUACGAGCCGGUGACGACACCGUGUGGUCACACUUUCUGUCUUCAGUGUCUGAAGAGAUGUUUGGAUCACAACCCCAAGUGUCCGCUGUGUAAAGAGGAGCUGUCUGAGUACCUGGUCCAGAGGCAGUACUGUAAGACGGUAUUAAUGGAGAACCUGAUAUCUAAGUAUCUUCCCUCUGAGCUAAUGGAAAGACAGAAAAUCCACCAGGAGGAGGUGGCUGAGCUCUCUAAUCUUAACAAGAACGUGCCUAUUUUUGUGUGCACCAUGGCCUUCCCCACUGUGCCGUGUCCUCUCCAUAUCUUCGAGCCCUGCUACAGACUGAUGAUCCGCCGGUGCAUGGAGACGGGAACCAACAGCUUCGGCAUGUGUCUGGGAGACAACCUCAAAGGGUUUGUUGAUUACGGCUGCCUGUUGGAGAUCCGUGAUGUGAAGUUCUUCUCUGAUGGCCGCUCGGUUGUGGAUACAAUCGGCAGACGGAGGUUUAAAGUCAUGCAGCACAGUGAGAGGGACGGAUACAACACAGCGGAUAUAGAAUACCUGGAAGAUGUUAAGGUGGAAGGUGUAGCAGAACGUGAGCUACAGUCUCUGCAUGACACUGUGUACGACCAGGCUCUGGUUUGGGUGAAUUCUCUGAAGGCUGAGCAGAAGGAACGUAUAGAGGGACACUUUGGACCAAUGCCUGAGAAAGACUGUGAACUCCAGGCCAGUCCUAACGGUCCUUCCUGGUGUUGGUGGUUACUCGCUGUUCUUCCUCUAGAGGGUCGAGCUCAGCUGCCGUUUCUGGCCCUCACCUCUCUAAAAGACCGUCUGAGCGGCAUCCGUAAGGUUCUGCUCUUCAUGGCGCACAGUCGACACCGGUGAUGUUGAAAAUAACGUAACCGUCCGCUCGGCACACAUCCCCCCUGCAGCAGCAGCAGCAGCAGCAGUUGAUCUGUUGCUCUUCCUUUUGAUGCACAAAGAACUGAAGUUGCUUCCUGGUUGUAGCGCGAAUUUCAUCGACACAUCAACAGCAAACCUGAAAAAUGUAGAUCUGAAUAAAUAGAUGUCUUCCAUGGAUGGGAUUCUCAUCACAGCUAGCACCUGAGCAGACCUGCAGACUAAAACUGCAUUCAGACAGGAGAGGAGUCUGACUUCUUAACCUGACUGUCGUAAUUUGUGAUAUGUAAUAGAUGUGGGUUUAAACAGAAGUAUACUUCACUAUAACAAUGCUAAUGCGCACAUUCUCAAUGUAUGUCUUUGUCUAUAUUCUCUUCUGCCCACUGUUGCCUUUCCGGCUCUCUUCCAUAUUUGUAGUUCUCUACUUUUUCUCUUGCGUUUCUUGCAACACUUCAUCUGAACUGAGCAGUAAGAAAUUUGGAAAAACAAAUGCCAAAACUUGGCAGUUUACUACUCAAAAAAAUAUCAAACACCUGAACUUCCUUUCUGAAUGUAGCUUUAAGCUGCAAAUCAGGCUGCCGUUAAUUCAACCAAUCACGUCUUUAUUUGUAAAUAUAAAUUCUGCAAGAGACCAAACUAUAAAUCUGCCUUUUUGAGCAAAUGCACUCAAUAAAGUUGAGUGAAAAAUAGUAUAAACAAGAAGGAUUCAAUAUUAACUUUACUCCUCCACUGAUUGUAAUCGCAUUUAUCCCAUCUUUUUGCCACCUUUACUGUAUCUAGCAAUAAUCAGCAACUACUUCGUCAUCUUUGUUUCCUCGCUUCCUUCCAUUUCUAUCUCAUCCAGCUGAAUAACAACGGACUGAACCUUUGCAUUGCUUUAAGGCUCUUGUUCUUGUAUUUUGUUCAUCCUUUUUUUAAUGUUUUGAAAUUGUUUUCCACUAUUUAUUUUGUCAUUAUUUAUGCAUGCAGUGACAUUGUUUACAUUUCACAGAGAGAGAGAGAUGCUGAGCUGCUCGCUUUCCAAAGGCUUUUAUUGUUUUUUUGAUUGAAAUCUGACCCAAACUAUCAGUAACAUCCUGUUAGGUCAUAAUUUACUAAAUUAAUCGACAUAGUAUUGAGCUGACAUGGCUGCCAGUGUAAACUGCACAGCUCAAACCUUGGUUCCCUCCCAGAACUUCUAUUUUCACAUCACCAUUGACCCAAAUUUUGUAUUUUUAUUGGCAAUUAACAAUCCAAGCUACAUCGAUUUAAACAUAUUUGGAUUCCCAGCAGCCUUUCAGAUGCUCGUACCGGCAAAAAGAGGGACGUUCAGCAACAAGAAGUGAAAUAAUUCCCACCAGAAUUUGGGUUUCUGAUGCCAAUCAUCUGUUUAGUGUAUUUAUUCAGUAUUUAUUCUGACUUACUUUGCACUUCCACAUUGAGUAAGGGAAAUAAACAGUGCAGGCAGGCGUCAGCAUGCUGCAGUCAGAACACUAAAGCACUUGGAUUAUCACAGAAUCAAGUUAAAUCCUCUGGUGGUUUGAAAUAUAAACCUGAAGUGUGAUGCAACCUGUCACAUCUCCAUUCAUUCAACAUCUCCAUCCAUUCAAGUGUGACUGAUGUAUGUAUGAUUAAGGCCAGUGCCUUCUGGAUCUGUGAAUUUAUAGGCUCAUUUUUAGGUUCCUUUGUCUCCUUUUUUCACAAUUGCAUGAAUUGAAAUAAAACAAAGAAAGCCCAGUUUUUGAUAAAAAUCUGUAGAAAAACAUUGAGGCCUUGCUGAUGUCUGUGACUGUUUUCAUGUGGCAGAAGCUAAGCUCUGAAGAAUGCAAGAGAUUGUUGAGCUUUAUCUUUAAAAACUUUUUUCUUUUAUACAUGCGUUUGAUUUUACACGUUUCUACGUUGAUUAGGUUCUUUGUAUUUUAUGAUUUUCUUCACUUAGUGGCGUGUUUGUUUUUCCAUAUUUCGUGUGUAAUAGUACAGGGAGUGUCAUGUCAAACCAUUCACAUUUGUUGUUUUAUAAAGGGCCAAAGCCAUGUAAUGGAGUUAUAAAAAUGCACUGAUAUGGUAUUGAUAUUUUUCACUGCAUUCAGAUGGUUGAAAUAUGACAGCAAUACUCUACCAUGUACUGCAAGUAUGACAUGAUAAUCUACUGUGUAAGACCCAAGUAUUCUUUGUGUUAAAUAACGUUUGAAGAUGGUAACUGCAAAAUAGCUACAAUUAGUCAACUGCAAUGGAAAGGGAAUAGCCGCUAGUCAAGUAUAAUCGCACAUGCAGUGUAAAAGCAUAUCACUUAAAUAUCUCAGACUAAUGGACAAAUGUGUUUCCUGAUCAAUGUAAAGGGAAAAUCUACCUAAAAUUUAAUCAUGUUCUGCUAUUUAUAUUAUUUUCACAAUGUGAACAUGAGUAAAAACAACACAAUAAUUCAGAGUUUUUAAAAAAAAAAAAAAAAAAACUGUUCCCAUACAUGCACAAAAACAAAGAUAAAGCAUCCCUCCAAUGUGGAGUUUGGUUUGAAACAGAUAUCAGUGAAUUUUUGUUGAUUUGUGACAGCAGUGCUCGUGCCUUAAGUUGAACUCCUUCCAUUUUCACCUAAGCAGCAAUGGCAAGUACAGUAAUUUAGCUUCCAGUAGCCAGUUUUUCUCUCAAUAACAUCAUAUUUGUUCAUCCCAUUUAUUCCAAUUAGAUGUUACCGUAAUAAAUGAAGUAGCAGUGUCACCUCAACUUAAAUUCAUGCCAUCCACUUUAACUGACAAUAUGUGAUUUUUUUCACCCAAUGUGAAAAAUUAAAAAGCAACUUUGACCAUCUAAUACAGUUUAAUGUAUGUUGUACAGUUAAAAGUAAAACAAAAAAAGCUAAUAAAACAUCUAAACUACCACAGAAAAAGCUACUGUUGGGUACAUUUUAAACAUGUUGGGGCAUCUAUUUGCUUUCUAUGUCUGUUAGCUUACCUACAAAGCUAGCACCGAACAGCCAGCUAGCCCAACAACAAUCCUAGCAUCCCCCUUAAAAUGAGAACUUUGCAAUGUUUAAACUUUGUGUUACAUACAAAUUAAACAAUAAAUAACAUUUAUUUAGUGAGCUUUGGAGGUGAUGAUAGGCAGAUUAUUUUUGAGGACAUGCUAGCCGUUUUCCCACUUUCAGUCUUUAUGCUAACUGAUGCUAACCUGCUGGUGACUGUAGCCUCAUAUUUAGCUUUCAAACACCUAACUUUAGGCAGGAAAGCAAACACAUGUACUUCUAAAAAUGUUAAAAUAUGCUUUAAUUAGACUGACUGCGUAUAUAAAAAUUCAUGGAACAAGAACACAUAAAGGAUGUUUACAAUUAACUGUUCUCAUAUGCUAAAAGCUAUACUAACUUAGCUAAACCUUCAUUUUAUAGCUUUUUAAAAAACAUUGUGGGAUUUUUUUACAUGCUAGCAGACAAAAUGCUCAACUUCACCUCCCUAUAAAACCUGACGGAUUAAUAACUAUAGUUACAGCAUGUCAAGUUAAUUUUUGUGCUUUUUUAUCAAUACAGAAAUGGAAUAUAUUUUUUGUCGUUGAGAUUUCAUAGACUGUCACAGAGAUCAGAAGAAAAGUUUGUUAAUUAAUAAACAGUACAGGUUAUAAGCUAUGACCUUAUUGAGAUACACUGGCAUUUGUAUUGAAUCCUCAAAGGUCGGGAUGGUUUUAAUGGUAUCGUUUAAUAUUUUGUAGCACUCCAGUUUCAUUACUGUGAUCAUUGCUGACAAACUAGCACCGUUUUCUUUCACCCCGCCUCAUCACCUCUUCCAAUUUGUGAAAACAACACUGGCAAUGUAGAAGAAUUGGAUCUUUUUGAUAUUUUUUCAUCCAGCUAUGCAAUCACAAUAGCAUGACGUUGACAUCUUGACCUUUCAGAAUUCAAACACAGACCCAACUCUGGUAAAAAAUUAUGCUUCCUAAUACUGUUCUUUUCCUGUCAUUGUUGUUUCAUUUGUGUACAUACAUGUAAUUUGAGAGUCUGAACAAACAUUGUGUAUCAUCAGAGUCCCAUCAGUGCUCUAAAAUGUAAUGUAAUGUGCCCAUUUUAAAAUGCACCCACCAGUUGUCAGGUCAUGAGAGAUUGUGUCACUUCAACUGCAAAGCUGUGAAAUCUGGUUUCUGUGUGAAAUAUAAACUGAACAGGUUCUUGGAAACAAACUCAAUGACCUUGUGAGGUUUCUGUUUAUGUGAUUUAGGGAACAGCUGGGGCUCAGUGCUGGUGUUCAAGGACAGGAACCUUUGUCAUUUUCUUGGUCUGUUACCCCAUCUAAAAAUUAUCUGACUAAAUACUUCUAGAAAUCUGAAAACAGCAAGUGCUCUGAGAUUUCAAAUAUUUGUAUUGACUUCAGCUACUACAUGGCCUGCUUCUGUCAAAGGUUGUUAAACUCUCCUCAUGGCCUCUAGAUGUGUCCAGGUGAAUUUGCACAAGAUGAAUGUGUGUCUUGACAUCUCUCUGAUGUUUUCUGUUCAUGUCUGUUUUUGAUAGUAAAACGUUAGAAUGCAUUGAUUUGCAGAAAUGCAGUCCGAAGCUACAACUUGUGAAUAAACCAAAAGGUUUGAGUUGCUGAUCCUGUUUGGGAUUGUGGACAAUAAAUGCAGUGGAACUCUG